AUGGCUGAGCUGAAGCAGGAGUUGGUCACGGUGAAGGCAUGCUUUCUUGUCCGGUGUUUGUCCUUGCCUUGGCUACCAGUCAGAAGCUUGAAGACGGAGCUGGCAGCCGUGUCGCAUUGGCUCCUGCGCUGGAUCAGCGCGAGCAGGACCGACCAGAAUGAGCCAAUGCCCAUAGGAAUAAAGAAUGAACGCAUUCAGAUUGCUCGUGGAGAGUUGUUGAAUCUGAAGACCCGUGCUCAGUCGGUCAUUCGUUCUAGGGUAUGUGGCAAACGCAGCUUUAUCUUUCGAUUCGAUAGGUCGGAGCUGGCCAGCGUGGGUAAGCUAAAGGAAGAGCUGUCCUUUCUGAAGGCUGGAUCUUAUGUUCGUAGCUGGGUCUUCCCUCACUACGAGUUACCUGUCGCUCUCUUCUGGAGGCUAGCUUCGCGCGUCUCCUCGAGCGACGAUCUUAUCUGGCCCUGGUACGUAGCCUUUCCGAGGCAAGUCGAUCCUCUUGAUUUGCUCCCGUUUGCACAAGGUGGCGUGAGCAAGAUCAGGCGACGUGUGUCACAUCCUGUGCCCACAGAAGCGUCUGGAGGGGAGCGCGCCGUGCCUCGGGCAGCAAGCUCCGGAGUGUUCUUGGCCGUUGCAGCAUUGCAUGCCGUUGCGCAUGGGGUGCGCCGCGCGUGGUGGUUGUGGGUUCCUCAGGUCCCGAGUAUUGCAACACUGCGGGCGAAGGUCCAAAGCCUUUGGCAAGUCCAGAAUUUUGGACUCAGCCAGGAGUUUGUUGCGCGAGACCAGUCGCCAGGCGAACUUGCGCACUCAGCAGAGAGAUGGACGUCGAUUCUAGUCGAGAUUGUGGAGUCUGCUAUGUUGAAUGCCCAGCUGCAGCAGUUUGCGCAGCGUCGGGGCCAUAAUGUGCCGUUCCGGGCCGCAGCGGAGGGCUUCGUCGCCUCUAGUGGCGACUUGGACUGGGAAGACUACGAAAUUGAUCAUCGAAAAUUGUUGACCGCCUGCAUAACAAGUGAGAACUGCGUCUCGCAGUCGGUCUCAGUGACGCGGGGUCGGAAUCUUGAUAUCCGACUCCCAAUCGAGCUCUCCUCCUUUCGCACGGGCGGCCUCGUCGGCGUGCGUGACACCGCGGCUCUUGCCAAAGUCGCUGCCUGCUGCAACGCCCCACGGUCGAUUUUGGUCUUCUUAUCGGUAUUGAUGAGUUUUGUGUAUGCUUCCUUGACUGUGGAGGAGCUCUUGAAUCUGAAGACCGAUGCUCAGCCGGCUGCCGGCGAGCAGCAGCAUGAAGCUGAGGCCAGCAUGGCUCAGCUGAAGGAAGAGCUAUCUUGGAUAAAGGCCAGCAUGGCUGCGUUGAAGCAGGAGUUGGUCACCGUGAAGGCAUGCUUUCUUGUCCGGCUUGAAGACGGAGCUGGUUGCUGUGCAGCAUUGGCUGCUGCGUUGGAUCAGCGCGAGCAGGAGCUCUUGAAUCUGAAGACCGAUGCUCAGCCGGCUGCCGGCCAGCAGCAGCACGAAGCUGAGGCCAGCAUGGGUCAGCUGAAGGAAGAGCUAUCUUGGAUAAAGGCGAGUCUAGAGCAAGUUCAACAGUGGAUCUCUCAGGGAGCAGCAGAGCGGGCUAUCUCGAGGCAGAAAGCCUGUCCUUUUAAUGUGUUCCAGCUUGCGAGGAAUCGUGAUCAAGAUCAGGCCAGCAUGGCUGCGCUGAAGCAGGAGUUGGUCACCGUGAAGGCAUGCUUUCUUGUCCGGCUUGAAGACGGAGCUGGCAGCCGUAUCGCAUUGGCUCCUGCGCUGGAUCAGCGCGAGCAGGCCAGCGUGGGUAAGCUGAAGGAAGAGCUGUCCUUUCUGAAGGCCGGAUCUUAUAUUCGUAGCUGGGUCGUCCCUCAUUACGAGUUGCCUGUCGCUCUCUUCUGGAGGCUAGCUCCGCGCGUCUCCUCGAGCGACGAUCGUGGCGUGAGCAAGAUCAGGCGCUGUGUGUCACAUCCUGUGCUCACAGAAGCAUCUGGAGGGGAGCGCGUGUUGCAGGCAUUCCUAAGCAUCUAUCAGGAAAAGCUGGACUGCGAUUGGGGCUCUUUAUCGGUUUGGAAUUACCUGGAAGACCUGCAAGCGCACAAGUUGUUGGACGAGCUUCUGGUCCUGAAGACUCACGCUCAGCCAGAGAUUGUCGUUUUCUCCGUUUGGGCUGAGGUGGAUGAUACCGAUAUUGUUGAGCUGAAGCAGGAGCUGGCCGCCGUAAAGGCCAGCUUGGAAGGGGCACAGGAGCAGAAGACUUGGUCCUACGAUGACUAUCCGGCAUGGGGCUUGAAGAUGCCGCUGGAUCCCAUUCAGCACUGGCUGCCGCGCUGGUUCAGUGCGAGCAGGAUUGGCCACAGCAUGAUGAUUUGCUUGCUAAUGCUUAUUUAUGUUUUCAUUUUCAUAUUGAUAUUGGAGGAGUUGCUGUCGGAGCAUGUGGCCGUGCAAGAUGCUUGGCAGGCACCCGGGGCAAGCGCGGCUCAGCUGAUGGAAGAGCUGGGCUGGAUGAAGGACCCCUUUAGCGCGCGCAUGAUCCAACAAGAGCGCUCCAAGAGCCUCCGAGAGCACUCGGAGGAGAGGAUUCUAGUCGCGGAAGACCCCUUUAGCGCGCGCAUGAUCCAACAAGAGCCCUCCAAGAGCCUCCGAGAGGUGUCGGAGGAGAGGAUUCUAGACCCCUUUAGCGCGCGCAUGAUCCAACAAGAGCCCUCCAAGAGUCGCGAGUCUUGCAUGACAGACAGUGGCUGCGUCUGCGAGGAGGAGUCUGAGCUCAGCUGCGUGGACCAGGGCGGAAAGACCUUUUGCCUGCCGAAAGAACACUACCAACUUUGCCCGCUUCAAUGCGCAUGGAACCAAAUGGUUUGCCAGAUGAUCGCCUUCCCUACACCUGACAACGAGAUAGCCGUGGAUUAUUGCCUCGACGACGCGUCGGCCUGGCACUGCCCCCUCUUCUGUGAUCCUGCCACCGCCCAGCAGUGUGGCAGCGGCGGUUGGGAUUCGUUCUGCCGAUCGGCUUCUAUGGAAUGCCCUUUGAUCUGCGAUGAUUCUGAAUACAUCUGCGGUGUCGUGGGAUAUGUUGAUGGCGAGAGCACAGUGGUGUCGAAGCAGUGUAUGCGUUACUACGAUGAGUGCCCUUGCGACGAUGCAACAGCCCACAGAUGUUAUCGGUUCGCGGGUGACUCGGGUUAUUGCGAAGAUGUUACGAAAGAAUGUCCUCUUGUAUGUGCCGAUACAGAGAAGAAGUGUCAGUUGAUUUCUUUCACAGAGGAUGGUCAGCUCGACUUCAGUGGGCCGGUUGAGGAGAGUUGCGAGCUGCACGAGAGGCCUUGUCCGUGUGGCAGGAACGCGCAGCUGUGCAGAUGGAAGGACAUAAUUUGGGGGACCAUCAGUGAAGCUUGCUAUCCCACUACGGAGAGUUGCCCCGUCAGCUGCGAAGCAGGUGAGAAAGCUUGUCAAGUGAUCGAUUUCGCCCCAGAUGGCAAUCCGAUCGCACAAACUAACGAAAUCUGCGUCGCUGAGGAGCUUCCCUGCCCAUGUGGCGCGAACUCACAGAUCUGCCGCAUGCCUUCUGGGGACAUCUGCCGCGCGCUGAUCGACCCGGGGACAGGAUUUGCCUUUCAAUGCCCCGUGAUUUGCGCCGCAGACGAGACGGAAUGCAUCCACAAAAGUUACGAUGCCGAAGGCAAGUUCGCGUUCUCCGAGAAGGAGUGUGUGGCCGAUGCCUCCGCAUGCAACGAGUGCAAAGGACAGAACUCAUUCCUUUGUCGGCAGCAGGGACAGCGCGAUUGUCUUCCGCUCAAUGGAGGCUUUUGCCCCGCGGAGUGCGAGGAGGGCGAGGUUCGAUGUCCAAUGGUUGAUGACUAUGCGCCUGAUGGGACUUACCUGGGAUCUGUUGGACCUUCUGUACCAUGUGCGGCCAAUUUGGAUAAUUGCCCAUGUGGGCAGGAGGCCAAGAAUUGCACAGGAACUACCUCGCGCUGCAUCUACAAGGGCGAUGACUGUCCUGUCGUUUGUGAAGCCGAUGAGAAGAGAUGUUCUGUCAUGGACUUUUCGGAGGAUGAGACGCUCAUUGGUGAGCGCCAGCUCUGCGUCGGAAAGACUGAACUUUGCCCGUGCGGGGAAAAUACCGAGAGAUGCCCCGGCUCCAGCAUCUGCCUCGCCCUGUCCACGAUCGACCUGGUCUGCCCAUGUUCACCGUCCGAAACGCAGUGCGACAUCCAGGACUACACACGUGAAGGCAACGCCGCUGGACUGACGACACAGUGUGUGAGUUUCGGUGCGCAGUGCCCCUGUGGUACAAAUGCGAUUUCCUGUCGGGACACGUAUACAGACGAGCAGUUCUGUCUCCCCAAGUUUAUGGGCGGUGGUAUCGCGGCAAACAGUUGCCCCGAGCCGUGCGGACCCGCGGCCGAGCCUGAGCUGCAAAUGUGCCUUCUGUAG